UCGGUUCGACGCUUCUUCUCGAGUCUCCCUUUCCUUUGGAGCUCGGCUCCUCCCGGAAAGGCUUCUCUUCCCAAAUCGUAACCCUAGUUCUCCCUCGAUCCUUUCGACGGGGAUCGCUGAAUCUCGCGGCCAUGGCAAUUCGACAGACUGUCUAUCUCUCCGGCUACCUCGCGCACAACUUCGCCUCCGCCGCCGGAACCCAUUUCCGAUCAGUCAACCAGUCCGUCGGUCGUCCUCUCGCCUCCCUCUUCGCCGCUCAGUGCGCAGAGCAUGAUUCUUCUCUCCAACCCGGAUCGAGGAGGAGCCGUGAUGUCACCGAUACACGGUCUGCUGUCGCCUCCGCCGCCCCCUCAUCAGCUCCCGCGGCCAAGGAUCAGUCUGCCGGUCGUCCCCUCGCUUCUCUCUUCCCCGGUCACGGUGCGGAACGUGAGUCUUCUUUUCAUGUCGUAUCGAGGAGGAACCUGGACGUCCCCCUUGCGACACCGACUGCUGUCGCCUCUGCCCCCUCAUCAGCUUCGGCAGCUAAGGAUCCGAUAACUAAUCUGACAGUUUGCUUGAUCUCCGUCUUCGCCUCUGGAUCUGGAUCGUUGACCGGCACCGGCGCCCUUGGGGUCGCCUCUUCGUUGUCGGUCGGGUUCAAGCCAUCUUCUUUCAUCCCAUUCUUCCAAGCAUCAAAGUGGUUUCCUUGUAGUGACCUCCUCCCUGGAUCAAGUGUUGGCCCGGAGGAUAAGAAAGAGAUAAUUACUUUACAUCCUGCUAGAGAUGAGAACAGAGGAGGAAGAAUAGUUUCUUCUGCACAUGCGAGUGAAGAGAAAAAAUGCUCCUCCAAAGCCUCCACAGUUUCAAUGAUGGAAAGUUUUGAUGUCAAAGGAAACAAUGGGGCUAGUGUCGCAAAUCAUUGGUUCUCUCGCAUGUUUGGCUCCUGUUCGGAAGAUGCAAAGGUGCUAAUAGCUGCUGUGACAGUUCCUCUGUUGUCUGGAUCACGCUUGGCGGAGCCUAGGUCGAUUCCCACAAGGUCGAUGUACCCAACGCUAGAUGUUGGAGAUCGGAUUCUUGCAGAGAAAGUUUCUUAUUGUUUCAGAGAGCCCGAAAUUACUGAUAUUGUUAUCUUCACUGCUCCUCCAACUCUCGAGCAACAUGGGUAUAACUCUGCUGAUGUCUUUAUAAAAAGAGUAGUGGCCAAGGCUGGUGACUAUGUUGAAGUCCGUGAUGGUAAACUAUUGGUGAAUGGUAUCAUCCAGAAUGAGGAAUUCAUUCUUGAGCCUCUUGAUUAUGAUAUGGAACCAAUGCUUAUUCCUGAGGGCUAUGUCUUUGUUCUGGGGGAUAAUCGGAACAACAGCUUUGACUCUCACAAUUGGGGACCGCUCCCAGUUAAAAACAUUCUUGGAAGGUCAGUUCUGCGCUACUGGCCCCCUUCAAAAAUUUCAGAAACCAUAAACGAGCGCACCAAAUGCAGCCCAUAGUGUGGCUUAGUUAUCUCUAGGAGGGAUUCAUUUAUUUGUCAAAUAACAGAAUUAACAAUGCAGUCUAUGCAUCCUUCUGAAGUUGCAGGAGUAAUACCACGGUUCAUUCGAUGAGUAAAGUGGAUGUAGAAUUGUAAAUACGAUGUUUAAGAGGAUCAUCAUGUACAUCUAGAACUGUUCCGUUUUUUGUAUGUGCUUUUGUCUAUCCUGAGCUUAUUUAUGGGUAGGAACAAGACCGGAGGUGUACAUGUUCAAAAAAUUAUAGAGCUGCAUUUUUUAA